AAACUCCGGAGAAAGUUUAAAAUCUGCAGGUUUGAUAAAUGUCUGCGAGUUAAAGUUAAGUUAAGAUUUCACAGGAGCGGAUUCUGAUCCAGGGGAGAAAGUAAAGAGGUCACUCACGUGUCCGAUGUGACAUGUGACACAGACGCUCAAAUGUCAGAGUCCCGAGCCGCGGGUCCAGCUCAGACUGCUCCCCGACGUCUGAGGCCUGUUUCCGCGUAAACCACCCGACUCCCUCCCCUCCUCAUUCCGCUAAUUCCCCGGUGGUCCUGUUCUUAAGUGCAGCCCGACUCCCCGGCGCAGUUGAUCCGGGGAACAGGCAGCCACAGCCCGGGGAACCAUGCGCUCCUUAGCGGGACUCGCUGCCAUCGUGGCGGCGGCGAGCGUCUUCCUCUACCUGCUGUCCACUCAUCUUCCCCCGGGGCCCGAGCAGCUCCAGGCCCGGGGACAGGACCGGGGAGAGGACCGGGGAGAGGACCAGGGAGUCCGGGAGAACAGGCUGAAGUUCCCGUCGGACCUGGACGAGCUGCGGGAGCUCGCUGACAUGCUCAAGUUCUACAAGAGGGAACAUCACGGCUACGUUCUGCUGCUGUUCUGCAGCGCCUACCUGUACAAACAGUCCUUCGCCAUCCCCGGCUCGUCCUUUCUGAACAUGUUGGCCGGUGCGAUCUUCGGCCCGUGGGAGGGUCUGGUGCUCGCCUGCCUCCUCACCACUUUAGGCUCCACGCUCUGCUUCCUGCUCUCCGCUACGUUUGGGAAGCAGCACGUGCUUCACUUCUUCCCCGACAAGGUGGCGCUGCUGCACAGGAAGGUGGAGGAGAAUCGUAGCAGUCUAUUCUUCUUCCUACUUUUCCUCCGUUUCUUCCCCAUGACUCCUAACUGGUUCCUUAACAUCACCUGUCCUGUCCUCAACAUCCCAAUGCCCAUUUUCUUCUUCUCUGUGCUCAUAGGUUUGAUUCCCUACAACUUCAUCUGCGUCCGUACGGGCUCCAUGCUGUCGGAGAUCUCCUCCCUGGACGACAUCUUCUCCUGGAGCACGCUGGCCCAGCUCCUCGCCAUCGCCCUCGUGGCUCUCGUCCCUGGAGCGCUGAUCAAACGCUACAGCGAAGGUCACCUCAAGGUGGACGGAAUGGACGGCAACGGAAGCAGUCGGGAGGAAAUCAAGAAGGAGCGGAAGAGGCGAUGACGGAGAACCUCACUGUGACUGUCGGUGGGGAAGAAGCUCUCCGCUGGUGGGCACGUGACAUUUUGUUCACUCCAGAAACUUGAUGUUUUCAAGGUCACCACACGAGAGGCUCGUCAUUCAUAGUAAGAAAUAUCCUCAGGUCAAGUUACAGCAGACGUUUUCAGCCGUGAACUUCGGAGAAUGUCCACUUGUCUCCUUUCACAUGAAGGACGCAGCAGGAGCUUGUCCGGGUCGUACGUGUUCAUCUUGGAAUCUCGUCGGCUUUUCAAGUUGACAUCGUCGUCGUUGCUUCUACGUGCAUGGCUCCUCUCUUUUGUCUUUUGGUUUAUUUCUGUUUUGCGUGUGUCACGUGCACUGAGGAUACUUUGAUUUACAAAACAAAAGUCUUAAAAUGUACUGUGGUUGCUUUGGAGACGACUCAGUAGACUAGUUUCUUCUCUUCACACGUGUUCACUCUUACACGUCUUUUAACUCCACUCGAAGCCUGUUGUUUUGGUAUGUUUUGAUUUUCUAAAUGUAACGGACGUCUGUUUUUCUUAAAGCACUCACUGUUGUGUCUUAA